AUUUGCUUUGAAUGGCAGGCCUACUCAACGAAUUAGUUGGAGAAUAGGAGCAAGAUGGAUUUGACUUUUCGGGUGUGAAGCUGCUGGACCGAAUUAUUUGGGACCCAUUAUUCACAAGGGGAUAGUGUAUUGUAUUUUUAAAAGGAGGCCCAGUUCGUGCAUAUAGGCUUGGAAAAAAAUAAAAUCGGGACAUAAGAGAUAUAGACGUGUUGAGGAAUUGUUUCAUUAUUUUUGGGCUUUUGAAAUCAAGUUAGUGGGCAUUAAAAGAUUAAAACCCUACUGGAGAAAAUAAAAUAAUUUUGGAGGCAGGCAAUUAACGACAGAAGAUAGGUGGGAGGCUGCGAUCGAGAAGAAGAAAGAAGCACUUUCAGGGUCGAUCAAGAGACGAUUGAAACUGAUUGGUUCGAGGGUUCAAGUCACGAUCAAGAAUCGGGUCGGGUUCACAAAUAGUUAGUGUUCAGUUUUAAUUACUUUGUGUUUUUCAACGUAUGAACAUGAGUUAUUUGUUAUUUCAGACUUGUUUAUUAUUGUUCUUGACUAUGAUUCUUGGCUAAUUAGUUUAUCUACCCAGGUUUGUGAUGAUUAUUCGUGUCAAUUGGUAAUUUGUCGGCUUUUGGUAAUUUUUUUAUGGAUAAAUAUUAAAGUAAGAGACCUAAUAAUAUUUGAUUAGAUGUGCGUGCGUGCUUUACUCUAAUUUAUUAUCGUUCAAUCGUUCCUCAUGUGUCUUUGUGAAUGUCUUUCAUGUAUAGAUGCAUGUUAGGUUACCUACUUUGUGUUUGUAACUAGUUUAUGGUUUAUGGUGCACGUAUUCCAUAGGAACUUUGUUUGAUAAUUUAGAGGAGUUUAGUGCUCUACCUAUUCUUGAGACCGGGAGGAGAUAGAUAGUUAGGAUUGUCUUUAGUGCUAGGUAUUUAGGUGCAGUGAGACCGAGAGGAGAUCUGUCUAAGUGGCCUAGUAUUAUUUGUUUUCCUAAGUCUUGUCAAGUGUUUUUAGAUUACCCCGUGCACUCUAGGGUGUAUUGUGAUUAGCGAGACCGAGAGGAGAUCUAGUCUUUGGGUACUUUAGUAUUGUUGGAGAGACCGGGAGGUGAUCCAACCCAUACCAGUGAGCUUUAUUUGACCUUUAGACCUUAGGAGAAGUUGACGAGACCGGGAGGAGAUUCAACCUGUCCUUAGUUUUAGAGUGUCGUAUUAUUAGAAUCUAAUUCCAUCAUAGUUACCAUUGCCGAGAGAAAACCGAGAGUCACAGAUAGGAUUCCAAACCUGGGUAGUACUUUCUCAUCCUUGAUUUCACCUUAGUAGCCUUCAGCCUGCGUCUAGGUAGUCUAGUUCGUCUUAGUUAAUUCCUUUAGUUUAAUUAGUUAAAACCCCAAAAUCCAAUCAAAUCAAAUAACCCAGUUAAGCAAUUAGUUGAGUCAGAGUCUAGUUUAGCGUCGCUAGUGUCUCGUGGGUUCGAUACUCGGACUUCAUUAGGCUUUACUACGUACGAUAGGUACACUUGCCUGUCAGUGGUCUAGCAUUUAGCGAGUCUUAGUUUAUAAAUUUAAAACUAGGGUGUCUAGAUUAGGUUAGUUUUUAUAGACCAUAAUUUCCACAUCAAGUUUUUGGCGCUGUUGCCGGGGACACUUAGGCGAUUGCGUUAUUAGCUUUAACUGAUCUUAUUUGUUUAGUUGGUCUUAUUUGUAAUUUGAGUCUUAGGAUUUGAGUUCUAGAGUUUGUGUCUAGUAGUAGUGUGUCGAGUCAUUAUUUUUGUAAAUAUUUUUUAUUAGAUAAUUUGUUUUUUUCCUUUCUUCUAUCUACUUUGUGUUGUUUUUGCUACUCUCUUCAUGGCAGGUUAUCAUAGCGAGUACCCUCCCUAUGUUUUGGGAGUUCGUGGAAUCAUAUCAAAUAUUCGCUCAGAUAACGACAACAGCACAGGACCAAGGAGAUCUGAGGUUUCCCGAAAUGUUCACCAUUCUUGAGCGAAUGAUCGAGGCACUGAGUCAAAUGAUUAAGGAAAGCAUGAAUCAGCACGUACAUCCAAGGUGUCAGGACUGUGGUGGACCGCACGGGUAUGAAGAUUGUCCGAUUUACAUGAAUCAGAAGAAAAAUCAAAGUACAAUACGAUUUAAAUGGGAUGAUUACUAUAAUGAUCAUAUUGACUUUGAGAGCUAUGAGGGAGUGAAAGAAGAAGUUGAGGAAGAACAUGUUAAAGAAGAGCUUCCCGGUGAUCCAGAGUUGUCAGGUUUAGAAUUGGAGAGGACAACGGAUGAUUCAGUCCCACCUCCAGUUCAACAGGACGUGACACCUAAUUGGUAUUCCACGCCAUGGUAUUAUGGUCCUGAACCCAUUGAUGACGACUUCUGGAAUGAUGAUGCGGGGGAAGACAUGGAUGAGCCACUGGACAAGAUGGAGGAUGAAAAUGAGUAUCUACCAUCUUGGGAGGAGGAGUUUGGUGAUGAAUUGGUAGGAUUGCCAAAUCUUGACCAUGAAGAAUUUGACCCGGUUGGUGAUCUAGCAUAUCUAGAGACAUUACUUGAAGAGAAGCCAACAAUGGAGAUCAAACAAAUACCAAACAUAGAAGAAGAGAAAGUGGCUGAAGAAUUGGAUAGCUGGCCCGUAAAGGUUUUAGAUGUUGGAUUGCCACCCACACCAACAAGAACACGGGAGAAGGCACGAAGAAAACGCUUGGAUCAACAUAUCGUGAGGGUGCAACGAUGGUGCAAACAGAAGCAUAAGGGGAAACUGAAGUGCAGAGACAACCAUCUUUCUCGUUACAUGCAUUGUAUCAGAUUUGGUCCAGGCCUACUCAACGAAUUAGUUGGAGAAUAGGAGCAAGAUGGAUUUGACUUUUCGGGUGUGAAGCUGCUGGACCGAAUUAUUUGGAACCCAUUAUUCACAAGGGGAUAGUGUAUUGUAUUUUUAAAAGGAAGCCCAGUUCGUGCAUAUAGGCUUGGAAAAAAAAUAAAAUCGGGACAUAAGAGAUAUAGACGUGUUGAGGAAUUGUUUCAUUAUUUUUGGGCUUUUGGCAUCAAGUUAGUGGGCAUUAAAAGAUUAAAACCCUACUGGAGAAAAUAAAAUAAUUUUGGAGGCAGGCAAUUAACGACAGAAGAUAGGUGGGAGGCUAUGAUCGAGAAGAAGAAAGAAGCACUUUCAGGGUCGAUCAAGAGACGAUUGAAACUGAUUGGUUCGAGGGUUCAAGUCACGAUCAAGAAUCGGGUCGGGUUCACAAAUAGUUAGUGUUCAGUUAAUUACUUUGUGUUUUUCAACGUAUGAACAUGAGUUAUUUGUUAUUUCAGACUUGUUUAUUAUUGUUCUUGACUAUGAUUCUUGGCUAAUUAGUUUAUCUACCCGGGUUUGUGAUGA